CAAAGUGAGCAACAUGGCUACAAAGGAAAACAAUCUUUUUGUAUUGUAUGGAGAACUAAAUAAAUUAGGUCCAAAUGGAGAAUAUGAAAGGGCUAUAAAAAUUGCUAAUAAAAUUUUAAGUAUUUCCCAAGACGAAGAAGCUGCUUUCCAUUGUAAAGUUAUUUGUUACAUUCAGUUAUCUAAAUUCAGUGAUGCACUGCAAUUUAUUAUUAAGAAUCCAAAGCUGUCGGUCAAUUUAGAUUUUGAGAAAGCAUAUUGUUUAUAUCGAUUGAAUCAGGUAGCUGAAGCUUUAAAAAUAGUGGAAAAUGUCCCAAAUCCAUCACUCAAACUUAAAGACCUCAAGGCUCAAAUAUUAUACAGACUUGAAAAAUAUGAAGAAUGUUUCUCUGUAUAUAGAGACAUUAUAAAAAAUUCCCAUGAUGAGUAUGAGGAUGAAAGGGAAGCUAAUCUUGCAGCAGUAGUUGUAAAUUUGCAAGUUGAGGAUUCUAACAUAGAAGUUCCUGUAUUACGUGAAGAUACAUAUGAAUUAAUAUAUAAUGCAGCUUGUCGCUUGAUUGCACAAGGUAGCAAAGGUGAUAAGGCUGCCUUAAUUGAGGCAGAAAAGAAGCUUAAAGCAGCUGAAAAGAUGUGUAAAGAAGGUUUGGAAGAAGAUGGAGUUGCUGAAGAAGAAAUAGAAGAUGAAUUGGGAAUUAUUAGAGUUCAACUUGGGUGUUGUCUUCAACUUCAAGGUCGUGAGAAAGAAGCUCAAGCAUUAUAUAUUUCUGCUUUAAAAGCAAAACCAGAUGAUAUAGCUUUAGUAGCAGUGGCAAGCAAUAACCUUGUGUGCCUCAAUAAAGAUCAAAAUGUAUUUGAUAGCAAAAAGAGAAUGAAAAGUGCCACUCAUGAUAGUUUAGAACAUAAAUUAACUUCUAGACAAAGGAAAAACAUUGCAUAUAAUCAGUGUCUGCUAGCUUUGUACACUGAUCAGGCAGAACAGUGUCAACAGCUUUGCAAUAAACUUGCUAAGGAUCAUCCUGCACUGGCUGUAGAUGCCAUGUUUGUUAAAGCAGUACAACUUGGAAAAGAAGGUGAAGCAAAGAAAGCAGCAAGUCUGUUAACACAAUAUGCAGUUGGAGAUAAAGAAUUAGAAAUGAAACUAGUUUGUGUGCAGCUUUUAUUAAGUCAAGAUGAGAGACAAGAGGCAAUUGAUAUUCUUGAGAAUCUGAGCGAAAGAGAUAAAUCGUUACCUGGCAUAGUUAGCGCACUUGUAACGCUUCAUAUGGCUGAUAAUAAUCGCGAAAAAGCGUCGGCAGCACUAAAAAAUGCAGUUAAUUAUUAUAAGAAGAAUAAAGAAACUAUUGCUAAUUUAGGGGAAUUGUGGAGGCAAGCUGCUGACUUCUAUUUACGCGGAGGAGAAAUUAAAAUGGCAGCUGACAUUUUACAAGAAAUGGUAGACGAUUCACCUUGUGAUACCAAAACAUUGGCGCAAUUAGUAGUAGCAUAUGUACAGUUUUGUCCUGAAAAGGCACAACUUCUGUCAAAACGUUUACCACCACUUCAUGAUCUGGCUGAAACAACUGAUGUUGAUGCUUUGGAGAGCAGUAACUGGGUAAUUGGCACUAAGGUGAUUAAGAAAAAGAUAGAACCAUCCCCUGGCAAAUUAGCAGUUGAUGUAACUCAAAAGAAACGCAAGAAACGUAAACGUAAAGGAAAAUUACCUAAAAAUUAUGAUCCAAAUGUUCCACCUGAUCCCGAACGAUGGUUACCUAGACACGAGCGAAGCGGAUUUAGGAAGAAACGGGACAGAAGAAAUCGAGAUGCUACAAUGAAGGGUACACAAGGUGUUGCAACCGGGGCUAGUGAUAUGUAUGACAUUACUAAAAUGCCUACAAAUGCAAAACCUUCUCCUAAUCCACGACAUAGUCCAGCGGUAGAAAGUUCCGGUCCACGACAACAACAACGUAAAGUUCAACAGAAAAAGAAGAAAAAAGGCGGAAAAUGGUAAUAAAUAAUUCGUAUUUUCGUUACAUUU